AUGGGAGGCUGCUCCGCUCCGAACUGCUCCAACUCAACCAGCAUCGGCAAACAGCUGUUUCGGUUCCCCAAAGACCCCGCUCGCAAGAAGAAAUGGGUGGUGAACUGUCGCCGGGACUUUGAACCAACUCCACACUCAAGACUGUGUCAAGACCACUUCGAGCAGAGCCAGUUCGAGGAGGUCGCCAGGUCUCCCGCGGGGGGGAAGAAGCUCAAACCCAACGCCAUCCCCACUCUGUUCCACGUCGGAGACGCUCCGUUCCCCGCGGUCGCCGCGCCGUUCCACGCCAUCCUGCUGCCCCUCAAACACGAGCCACUGGAGAAGGAGCUGAGCUUCGGGGACCACGGCUACGCCCGACGCACCCCUCUGCCCGGCGCCGAGGAGGAGGAUGCAGCGGCUGAGGAGCAGCUGUGCUGCACACAGUGUCAGCACCUGAGGAAGCAGCUGGAGCAAGAGCUGCAGCACACUGCGCGGUUACAGAAGGAGGCAGAGGAGAUGAAGAAACGUCUAUAUCGUCUUGACCGGAUUGAAAAAGGUCUUCAGAACUUUCUCUACGAGGAUCAGAUUCGGGCCCUUUCGCUCACGAAGCGCUCCCGACGCGCUGUCUGGUCCCCGGAGACCAUCCUGAAGGCCCGCAAGCUUCGCUGUGCAGUGGGCUCCAAGGGUUACGAGUACCUUAGAGAACUGGGCUACCCGUUGCCCUCCUACAGGACUCUGUGUAACCGCGUUGAAACCAAGAUCAUGGUGACGACCGACAUGAGCUGCGAGGAGCUGGCAGAGCUGGGCCUGGGCCUCAUGGCCACCUGUGACAGCCCCACGGACGGCGACGGGGACCGCGACCAUGAGGAACUCAUAGGUAUUUUGUCCUGAUCCCUGCGGGCUCCAACCUCCAACCUGAAGAAGAACGCGCAGAAUUUGUAGCAUCAGCUAAAACAGGCAUGUUAUUCUCCUUGUCCCCGCUUUGAACACAAUGAUUCUUCUGCUCACAAGGUUCUUGAGAUCAUUUACAGAUUUGAGAGGUCACAUGGCUGCGCUUGUGACAUGCACCACUACAGACAAACUGCAUCUUUGCUUAGUGAAACGCAGAGGUUGCAUUCAGUGUGGCUUUAUUCCUGUGGUGUUUGAGGUUGAAGUUGUGUGUAAAGUGUAGACGUAGGUUGAGCAAAGUCUACAGUAUUUGCUGCUUUUUGUGUGUUUUCACUUUGUCGAAACGGGUAAUUAAAACCCUGAUUAUAUUCAGUAUGCUUGAAUGUACUUAGAGUAAAUAAACCUGCAUUUUGCAUAAA